AUGGAUAGCUACUACAUUUUCCUCUCACUCCUCCUCCUUUUAAUCUCCUCAGCGAAUUCACUCCAUUUCAAAAUCUCUCCUUCAGAUCAAAACUCACAAGACACAAUUAUAGCUCUCCAAGGAGACGCCUUACGUAUCAGUAGUAGUAGUAGUCUCACUCCUACAUCUGGAAUCGUUGAAAUGAUCAACAAAUUCACCUUCCUAUGCCGAGUUGGUUGGGCCACUUACCCAGCUAGUGUCCCUCUUUGGGACUCCACAACAGGAAAGUUGGCCGAUUUCACAACCAGCUUCUCUUUCACAAUCGACACAGGAAACAUGUCCACUUACGGCCACGGCCUCACAUUCUUUCUGGCUCCAGCCGGGUACCAGAUUCCGCCCAACUCGGCCGGCGGAUUCUUGGGCCUUUUCAACACAACAACAGCCGAUGGUAUUGGUGGUGAUCAUCAUCAUCAUCAAUAUUCUACUUCGGGUUCCAACCAACUUGUGCACGUAGAGUUCGACAGCUUUUCGAACCCUGAAUGGGAUCCUCCAACCGAACAUGUUGGAAUCAAUGUCAACUCCAUAGCUUCCUCUGUUUACACUCCUUGGAACGCUAGCCUGCAUAGUACGGACAACGUUUUGGUUUCGAUUUCUUAUGACUCCAAGGCCAAGAAUUUGAAAGUGGAUUGGAGUUAUGAGAAAAGCUCUGUUUAUAAGGAGAGUGUGACGAGCCUUUCUUACAAAAUUGAUUUGAGUAAGGUUCUUCCUCAGUGGGUCACCAUGGGAUUUAGUGCUGCUACUGGUUUAUACGGAGCCAGGCAUAGACUUAAUUCAUGGGAAUUUAACUUCACGUUGGAUAUAUAA